AUUCGAUAGGCGCACACUCCCACGAGGACACGGAUCACACAGCUGGGUUCACAUGUUCCACAGUUCUGUUGCUGGGAAACUUUUUAUUCCACCUCAUAAACUCCACUGAGGAUGGAGAAGUCACACAACUUCACAACGCCCCAAGUUCUUCCCCUGCAGAGCGCUAAUGAUGCUUCCCAAACCGACAAAAGCAAUGGCAACGCAUACGUGUACAUUUUCAUAGUAAUCUCCUUCUAUGGAGUCUUCCUCGUUGGUAUAAUGCUGGGCUAUGUUCGCUCCAAAAGGCGGGAGAAGAGAAGGUCGAACGUUUUUACGCGCCUGGUGCACGAGGAGGAGCAGCGGGAAUGGGGCGCGCUGAAAAAGAAGCACAGCAUCACCAUGACCUCCUUCCAGGUAUCGCUUCCCUUCUCCGCGGGGAGCCAGGAUGUCAAUGAAGGAAGGGUCCUGGGCUCCCCUUUGGCCUGCGCCCUGUUCUCCAUUGAACAAACCAGUGUCAGUUCACUGUGCUCCUCCGCCGACGCGCGCUUUGCCAUCGAGGAGGAGUCGGACAGCGGGACCGCGGAGGGACCGGACGAGACCCUGAAGGGCAGUUCUACUGACAACAGCGACGACUCCGCCGAGAUACAGAUACUCGGAGAGGAACUGUGACGCUCAGAACAGAUGAUGAGAGGGGGAAUAAACGCAAAAACUGUAGACUUUCCAUCCCUCUACGUCAUAUAGGAAAUACGUGGAGAAGUUAAAGACUGGUAAAGUUUAGCUUGACAUAUGGAACAAUUGCUCUCUAACCAUCCGGUUCUGAGCAUUGAAACGUACCUGGAACCCACUUGAAAUAUAUUUUCUGUAACGAAAUCCUCUUAAGAAGUAGCCUAAUGAUUUCACUGUGCAGUGUUCAUAAUGUAGGUUUACUUGGGGUUGUUGUGUAAAUUGAAGAGAAGAAAAAAAACUUGGAAAAAAAUAAUGAUCUGUUUAAGAGAUUUAAGAGAUAUGGUUCUCUCUUCUUACUCUUCUUGGGAAAUACAUGUUUUUAUUUUGAAAAA